UUGCCCCAAUUUUUCAAAUUACGCUUCUGCAAUCUUUAUCCCGCCUUGAGCCGAUCGUCUUCUUCGUGCUCUCCGGUGCAACUACCUGUCCCUUCGUCACCGAUCCGGUUUAACAUGGCUAAGUUGACUGCCUCCAACAAAUCCCUAAAGGAUGCUAAAGCUUCAUUAGUCGCUGCUCAUACGGAGGAGAUUGAGGGCCUCCGAGCUGAUCUCGAAGUCCUUGCCCAAGAAGUUGCCACCAAAGAGGCGGCUGCACGGAAUGAAACGCGGGAGGGCUUUCAGAACUCCCCUGAUGGAGCUCGCUCGGCCCGGCUUCACAACAGUACUUGA